UCAUUGACUCCUCUACAGGAAACACAAUGUAACUUAUGGACAUAUUGCUCUAUGAAGGUUAAAAAUAUGUUAGAAAAUUGCAAAAAAUCUUAAUUAAACCUCGUUUUAACCUCAACGGAGUUGAACGUGUUUAAUAGUUAUUUUUGAGUGUCUCUGUUGGUGUGUGUUGCCUUGAGUACAGUAAGAUAACCUAAAGUUACCUUCACACAGUUGACAAAAAUACGAUAUAAAGCUUUAAUUUAUUUUCUACGAGGAAUGUAUGAUAUAUCGUAGCUAAUAUAUUAACGGCACAUAGAAAUAUCACUUUAGAGUUCAGAUGUAUUGAAACCCAUUGAGAAAUCAGUCAAUUUUAAGAAUCCCCAUACAGGCUAUUCUCAUGGGAAAUGUUGUUGCAUCGCUGUGAAAAAGUCUGAAAAUCGACUUAAUUUCAAAAGCAGAGGGGUUUUUCCAUGAGCCGAAUUAAAAAGGUCCCAUUUUUAAGUAGGGUUUGUCGUUAUUUGUCAGUCAUUGUGAAGAAGCUGAACUUUGUUACCAUGAGACGACUUUUAACAAGACUCGUGAACAGAGUUCUGCUGAGCAAGCUUUUUACUCCAGCGAUGGGCUUUGAAGCAGAAAAACACACUCAAAGCCGCCGAAAGCUGGUGGUGGGGCUGGGUAACCAUGGGAUGGAGGGUACCAGACACAGCGUGGGCAUGGCGGUGCUCGGCGCCCUCGCCACCCGGCUCGGCGUGGCUGAUCAUUGGCGCGCCGACAAGCUCGUGUCUGGUGAGGUCAUCGUGUCGGAGGUGCAGGACACACACGUGGUGCUGCUCCGCCCCCGACUGCUGAUGAACGUCAACGGGGUGUCAGUGGCCAAAGCUGCCGGUAAAUACCGCAUCAGGCCCGAAGACAUCCUGCUGGUCCACGACGAGCUGGACAAACCUCUCGGGAAGAUCCACUUCAAACACGGAGGAAGUGCCAGAGGUCAUAAUGGAGUCCGCUCCUGUGUGGACUGCCUGCAGACCGACGUGAUGCGCAGACUCCGGGUUGGGAUCGGCCGGCCGGAGGGGAACACCGCGGUCAACGUUCACGUCCUGGGCCGGUUCUCCUCCUCUGAGAGGACGGUUCUGGACUCGGUCCUGGCCCAGAGCGUGGACCUCCUUCUCUCCCAGCUCUCCCAGCAGGAGGACUCCCGGCCCUCCUCCUCCCCCUCCUCACCAGCAGGGGGCAGACAAGCUGCACAGAGCAGGAAGGAGGCGCAUCCUGCUGAGAGCUCUGCUGCUGCUCACAGCUGAAGCUCACACACAGAAAGACUUUAUUUAUCCUCAGCUCUGUAAUCCUGCAGCAGAAACACACCUCAUUUGUCUCACUGUUUGACAUUAAUACCUCAAAAACAUGUACAGAUUUCAGUAAAAACGGGUUCCACCGGAAUCCCAGCAACAA